UGAAAAAACACGGACAAGCCGGAAGUUGGAAGAGUGUCUGCAGCAUAUACCGGUUUGUGACCAGCAGCGAUGAGGACUGUGCUUAUGGUGGCUGAGAAACCCUCUCUGGCUCAGUCCAUUGCCAAAAUCCUCUCUAAAGGUAGCUGUUCGACGCGAAAAGGCCUGAAUGGAGCGUGUUCAGUCCAUGAGUACACAGGAAGCUUCGUGGGCCAAAAUGUGAGGUUCAAGAUGACGUCAGUGUGUGGACAUGUCAUGAGUCUGGACUUUAUCGGAAAGUAUAACAACUGGGAUAAAGUUGAUCCAGCUGAGUUGUUCAGUAACGCUCCGACUGAGAAGAAAGAAGCAAACCCCAAACUAAAUAUGGUCAAAUUCCUUCAGGUUGAAGCAAAAGGUUGUGACUAUGUCGUCCUGUGGUUGGACUGUGACAAAGAAGGAGAGAACAUUUGUUUUGAGGUGUUGGAUGCCAUCCAGCCUGUGAUGAAUAAGUCUUACGGUAAUGAGCGUACAAUCUAUCGGUCCAAGUUUAGCUCCAUCACAGACACAGAUAUCUGUAACGCCAUGACCCGACUCGGAGAACCCAACAAGAACGAGGCUUUGUCUGUAGAUGCCCGUCAGGAACUGGACCUCAGGAUCGGCUGUGCUUUCACACGUUUCCAGACCAAAUACUUCCAAGGGAAAUAUGGGAAUUUGGACUCCUCCUUGAUCUCGUUCGGUCCCUGUCAGACUCCCACACUGGGAUUCUGUGUGGAACGGCAUGACAAGAUCCAGUCCUUCAAACCUGAAGCCUACUGGGUCGUACAGGCAAAGGUUUUUAAAGGCAAGGACAGCCCACUCACCUUGGACUGGGACCGAGUGCGAGUUUUUGACCGAGAUGUUGGUCAAAUGUUUGUUAACAUGGCAAAGACCGCUAAGGAGGCUAAAGUCGACUCGGUGACUAAGAAAGAGAAGGCCAAGCAGAGACCUAUCGCAUUGAAUACAGUGGAGAUGUUAAGAGUGGCCAGCUCUGCUUUGGGAAUGAGUCCCCAGCACACUAUGCAGAUAGCAGAGCGUCUCUACACACAGGGUUACAUCAGCUACCCUCGCACAGAGACCACACAUUACCCUGAAAACUUUGACCUGAAGGGCACGCUCAAACAACAGGCCAACAGCUGCUUAUGGGGUGAAAUGGUAAAAGCUCUGCUUUCUGAGGGCAUUAACAGGCCAAGGAAGGGAGUGGAUUCAGGAGACCAUCCGCCAAUCACACCCAUGAGAGCUGCCUCUGAGAGCGAGCUGGGCAGCGAUGGCUGGCGUCUGUAUGAUUACAUCACACGGCACUUCAUCGCGACGGUCAGUCCCGACUGUAAAUAUCUGCAGACCACGAUUUCCUUCAGCAUCGCCACAGAGAGCUUCACAUGCAGCGGGAAGAUGCUCAUCUCUGCUGGUUACACUGAGGUGAUGCCCUGGCAGGGUAUUGCACAGGAAGAGGCCUUGCCGGUGUGUGAGAGAGGAGACACAUUUACAGUGGACGAGAUCAAACUACUGGAGAAACAGACCAAUCCUCCAGACUACCUGACUGAGGCCGAGCUCAUCACGCUCAUGGAGAAACACGGCAUCGGUACGGAUGCCAGCAUCCCUGUCCACAUUAACAACAUCUGCCAGAGGAACUAUGUGACGGUUGAAAGUGGCCGCAAACUCAAACCCACCAACCUGGGGAUUGUUCUGGUUCACGGUUACUAUAAGAUUGAUGCAGAUUUGGUGCUGCCCACAAUCCGCAGCGCUGUGGAAAAACAGCUGAAUCUGAUAUCUUUAGGAAAGGCCAACUUCCACCAGGUCUUACAGCACACUCUGGACAUCUUCAAGAGGAAGUUCCACUACUUCGUGGACUCUAUUGCAGGCAUGGAUGAGCUGAUGGAAGUGUCCUUCUCUCCCAUCGCCGAUACUGGGAAACCUCUCUCUCGCUGUGGCAAAUGCCAUCGCUUCAUGAAGUACAUCCAGGCCAAACCCAGUCGCCUGCACUGCUCUCACUGUGACGAGACCUACAGUUUGCCUCAGAAUGGAGCCAUUAAGCUGUACAAGGAGCUCAAGUGUCCUCUGGAUGAAUUUGAGCUGGUGCUGUGGACCUCGGGAUCUCGUGGCAAAAGCUACCCUGUGUGUCCAUACUGCUUCAGCAACCCUCCCUUCAGAGACAUGAAGAAAGGGAUGGGCUGUAAUGAGUGCACCCAUCCUUCCUGUCAGCACUCCCUCAACUCUCUUGGCAUUAGUCAGUGCGUUGAAUGUGAGACGGGCGUCCUGGUCUUUGAUCCCACCUCGGGUCCAAAGUGGCGGAUGGCUUGCAACAAAUGCAACGUUGUGGUGCAUUUCUUCGAGCAGGCCCAUAAAGUGCAGGUGUCCCAGGACAGCUGUGAUUCCUGCGAAGCCUCACUGGUCAUAGUGGACUUCAACAAGACACGCUCUCCGUUGCCUGACGGUGAAACGCAGCACACUGGCUGUGUGUUUUGCGAUCCUGUGUUCCAGGAUCUGGUGGAGCUGAAACAUGCGACCAUGCGGCAUCCCAUGCACCGGGCCGGAGGAGCCCGCAGAGGGAGAGGGAAGGGAAGAGGGAGGAGGCCCAUGGGGAAUCCUAAAAAGCCUAAAGAUAAAAUGGCAGCCUUGGCAGCAUAUUUUGUGUAGAAUGUUUUGUAAAGUUUAUUUGUUUUGCAGUAGAAAAUCAAAGCCAGCUUAAUAAGUCUUAAAGUGCAAACUAAAAAGAUGAAAAUGGCAAUAAAGUUUUAGA